UGAUGGGGGCUGGGGCUGGGUGAUCGUGGCCGGCUGCUUCAUGGUCACUGUUUGCACACGUGCCGUCACUAGGUGCAGCCUCUCUGCAGAUUCGGACGUAGGAGCUUGUGGUUCAUUACCCCCCAAGCAGGCGUUCUUCCCACACGUCCCAGGCUUUUUACAGCUCUCCCCUCAGCUUCGUGAUUACACAAUUCAUUACGGUUGCAUCGCUCCCUCCGACCGCUCAGGUCAUCACCAUGUCUAGCUGGAAAAUAGUAAUUACAUAAUCGAAGAAACCUCAGUGUGUUCUGAGAACAUGUGCUGAAUACACCAAAAUGGUGUGUUGGUGUGUGUGUGCUUGUCAGACUGUGUGUGUGUGCGUGUAUGCACACCAUUGUGACUUGUGUGAAAUUUGUGUCAGAUACACCACUAGGAAACAUACAUUUUUAAGUUCUGAGACAUUUUGAAAUAUGCAAGAUAAUCCAUUUUUUGUCAUGAUUUCUCUUCAUCUUGAUCUUUUUCUUCUGUUCCAGAUGCAUCUCAAUUUUUUUUGUGGAGUUUCAGAUGCACUUUGGUGGGGACUAUUCAGGGACAGCCUGGAUCCACAGUCUGGUGGACUGCACCACUAUGCUGUGUGCUCCUCUAGGCAGCUUCAUUGGGAACCGUCUCUCGUGCCGCAUCGCUGUGAUCCUUGGGGGCUUCCUGUCCUCCAUCGGCCUGGUCCUCAGCUCUUUCGCUACCAGCCUGGAGUACCUGUACCUCAGCCUGGGGGUCCUCACAGGUAUUGGAUUUUCCCUCUGUUACACCCCUGCCAUUGCCAUGGUGGGGUCAUAUUUCUGUGAGAGGAAAGCCCUGGCAUACGGGAUCGCCAUGUCAGGUAGUGGCAUCGGGACCUUCAUCCUGGCCCCUGUGGUCCAGCUGCUCAUAGAGCACUACUCCUGGCGCGGGGCCCUACUCAUCCUGGGGGGCGUUGUCUCCAAUCUGUGUGUCUGUGGGGCCUUACUGCGCCCUAUCACUCUGAAAGAAGAAGAGGAGGCCCAUGGUCCGGUCCCGUUGGAUACCGACUGUGGAUAUAGGGUCAAAGCUCAGGUGGUGAGCACGUUAGAGGAACCUCUGGCGAUUAACAACAGCAAAGACAGCCGCUGCUUCAAGUCUAUGCAGGAGUACCGCUUCCUGCUGAUGCCGGACUUCCUGAUGCUGGCGGUGAGCUUCUUGUUCCUAGCCAGCGGCUGCAGCCUGCCGUUCGUCUACCUUGUGCCCUACGCACUGGAUGUGGGCGUAAGCCACCACCAGGCCGCCUUCCUCAUGUCUAUCCUGGGGGUCAUAGACAUCGUUGGGAACAUCACCUUCGGCUGGCUCGUAGACAGGAGGUGCCUGAAGAAGUAUCGUAAUGUGUGCUACAUGAUUGCAGUGGGCAUGGAGGGACUUUGCUGCCUCUUCAUCCCUCUCCUGCGGACGUUCGCCCUGCUGGUGCCUUUCUCUGUGCUUUAUGGGUACUUCGAUGGCGCCUAUGUGGCCCUCAUACCUGUGGUGACCUCAGACAUUGUGGGGACAACUAACCUCUCCUCCGCUCUGGGGAUUGUGUACUUCCUACAUGCCAUUCCUUACCUGCUCAGCCCUCCAAUAGGAGGCUGGCUAGUUGACACCACAGGCACCUACACGGCCACCUUCUUCCUCAGUGGCUUUGCCCUCAUUUCCAGCUCGCUGGUCAUCAGCACAGUGACUGGGAUACGCCACUGUCGCAGGACCCAAAAGCACAGAAAAAACAAUAAAGACACAGACCCCAAACAGGAUCCUUGUCAAGGCAGCCGAUCAGACUUCUACAUAGCCUCAAGUAAAGAUGUGAACCCUUCAACCAACACAGCAAAUUCUUAACAUUGGACGCUUUUGUGUAGUUUUGCAUUUGUUUUGUUGGAAUACCAAAGUAUAUUGAAGAUUAUGAGAAACAAUGGUCAAUUGGUACACAUAAUCUAGCGUGGUAGUUCAGGUUUGGGAUUGAUCUUCCUCAGAAUGAGCCAUUAUAAACGGACACUAAAUGGAAUGUAAAUAAUUCCGCCGAAACCAGAACAGCUUCAGCUGAAAUAUGGAAUUUUCCUUCUGAUCUGUCUAUCAAAGCUGUGAUAUUAUUGUUCAUUUUAUGUGCCUUUCCCUUUCAGUGUUUCCAUGUCUGUCAAUCCAAAUGUAACGGGAGAAGUUGAUCAAUUUCGUUAUCUGAAGAUUCAGACAGGGUGUUUGUAAUAGAUUAUUUCUGAAGACAACAGUCUUCCAGUUGUUUCGUAAAUACUUGAUAUUGACAUGGGAGGUCAGCCAUAGUCUUUCACUCCUUUGUGAACGACUAUGAUCUAUUGAAAUGAAUGAUAAUGGGAACUUCCUUAAGACUGGAACUUAGAAGUUAAUAAUGAAUUAGUCAUUAUUCAUUUAUAAAGGUAUAUGCAUUUUCAUACCAAUUUCCUAUACAAUAAUUGAUGACAUUAAAAGACAGGAUGAUUUGCUUUACAUGUGUACACCAAAUGUAUAGCUUUGUAAAGAUAUACAAAAUGUAUUAUUACAUUGCCACUUGUUACUUUGUAGUUACACCAGAGGGCUAGGAGGACAAUUAUCUUGUUCCAUAUUAGAACAACCCUUGUCUGACCCUUCUGAGCUUAACGUAAAAGCUAUAGGCCAUCUCAGCCAUAUGACUUCAUAACACACAUUGGAUCCACUUAGAAAAAAAGGUGUUAUCUACACUGAAAAAUAUAUAUAAACACAACAUGUAAAGUGUUGGUUCCAUGUUCCAUACUCACAAAAAAAGCUUAUUUCUCUUAAAUGUACAUCCCUGUUACUAAGCAUUUCUCCUUUGCCAACAUAAUCCAUCAACUUGACAGGUGAGGCAUAUCAGGAAAAGGAGAUACCUAGUCAGUUGUACAACUGAAUGCAUUCAACUGAAAAUUGUCUUCCGCAUUUAAUCCAACCCCUCAGGAGGCUGAUUGAACAGUGUGAUACUUACAUAGGUGCACCUUGUGUUGGAGACAAUAAAAGUCCACUAUAAAAUGUGCAGUUUUGUCACAAUGCCACAGAUGUCUCAAGUUUUGAGGGAGCGUGCAAUUGGCCUACUGACUGCAGCAAUGUCCACCAGAUCUAUUGCUAGAGACUAGAAUUUUCAUUUCACUACCAUAAGCCGCUUCCAAUGUCGUUUUAGAGAAAUUGGCAGUACAUCCAACCAGCCUCACAACCGCAGACCACGUGUAACCACGCCAGCCACAUCCAGCUUCUUCACAUGCGAGAUCGUCUGACACCAACCACCCGAACAGCUGAUGAAUCUGUGAGUUUGCACAACCGAAGAAUUUCUGCACAAACUGUCAGAAACCAUCUCAGGGAAGCUCAUCUGUGUGGCCGUUGUCCUUACCAGGGUCUUGACCUGACUGCAGUUCAGCAUCGCAACUGACUUCAGAUCCUGAGGCCCAAUUGUCAAGCCAUUCAUCCUCCCCCAUCACCUCAUGUUUUGGCAUGAUAAUGCACAGCCCCAUGUCGCAAGGAUCUGUGCACAAUUUCUGGAAGCUGAAAAUGUCCCCAGUUCUUCCAUGGCCUGUAUACUCAACAGAAAUGUCACACAUUGAGCAUGUUUGGGAUCCUCUGGAUCGAUGUGUACGACAGUGUGUUCCAGUUACCAACAAUAGUUAAAUAAAGGUUCAAUAAUUUAAAUAAAUAAAUAACAGUAACUUCGCACAGCCAAUGAAGAAGAGUGGGACAACAUUCCAAAAGGCCACAAUUAACAGCCUGAUCAAGUCCAUGCGAAGGGGAUGUGUCGUACUGCAUGUAGGAAAUGGUGGUCACACAAGAUAAUGACUGGUUUUCCGAUCAUGCUCACUUUUGUUUAAGGUAUCAGAUGCAUAUAUGUAUUCCCAGUCAUGGUACAUCCAUAGAUUAGAGCCUAAUGGAUUUAUUUAAUUUUACUGAUUUCCUUAUAUGAACUGUAACUCAGUAAAAUCUUUGAAAUUGUUGCAUGUUGCGUUUAUAUUUUUGUUCAGUAUAGAACCUAAAAGAGUGUUUUGCUGUCCCCAUAAGAUAACCUUUUGAAUAGCAAUUUUUGGUUCCAGCUAGAACCCUUUUCAGUUCCAUGUAGAACCUUUUCCACAGAGGGUUUAAUGGAGUUAGAUGAAAGGGGAGGUGUCCUGGUAUCCUUGGAUUAAUUGCAAAGCUACCACUAUGUCAUUGUAGCUCAGUUGGUAGAGCAUGGUGCCUGUAACACCAGGGUAGUAUGUUCAAUUCCAGCGACCAUACGUAAAAUGUAUCCAACCAUGACUGUAAGUCCCUUUGGAUAGAAGCCUCUGCCAAAUGGAAUCUAUCACAAUUUAAAUGUAUUCUCUUACAAUGUCCAGAAGAAACCUAAGAAUUUAUGUUGAUAUUUCUUUAAAUAAAAUUAUUUUUUUAAAUCA